GGCGGGGGGAAGAGGGGGAGGGGCAAAAUGCGGCAAGAGGCCGUGUGUUGUGUGGUGUUGUGGUGUUGGAGGGGAGGGCGAAAGUGAAGGUGAAGAUGCAAGCGCAGCGCAUCAACACCUCAGGCCCGAUUGCGGUAAUUUUGGUUUCCGAGCUGUAAGAUUAAUCGCUCUUCCGCCUCAUGGCUGCCCCUCUUCUUGUUCCCUUCUUCCUCCGCCUCCUCCGCCUCCCCCUCCUCGGCCUUUAUCCCUCAAUCUUCCGUCCCCCGUCCGCCGGAUCGGAAGCAUCAUUGACCAACCCUUGCCUCCAUGUGCCUCAGCGACCCUCUUCCGGUUGUCUGUCUCUGGGCUGCAGACACCGUAAACAAGGCGCGCGCACGCGAGAACGGAGACGGAGACGGGAAUCGCACGCCGGCGUCGAAUUGUCUCGAGCCAUCGCCAAACGCUAUCUUAGUGCGGGUGGAGAGUCUGCGGAUCCUACGGGAACCACAACGUCAUCGCUCUCAUUGGUCUUCCGGCUAUUAGCUGGGAGGCUAUAGCAUCGCCAGGCAAGUUUUUCCCUUUCUGCUUCAUCUUUUGCGAUGCACCGAUGCGCCGGGCUUGUGAUCUGAGG